AUGUCGGCUCUGAGCAAGCGUCAGCAGGCGCGCAACGAGCGGACGCUGCAGGAUCUCAUCACCUCCGUGCCCGGGAACGACAGGUGUGCCGACUGCCAGGCCAGGAACCCAGGAUGGGGAAGCUGGAAUCUGGGAAUCUUCCUGUGCAUGCGCUGCGCAACAUUGCACCGUAAACUUGGCACACACAUAUCCAAGGUCAAGUCGCUGAGCAUGGACAGCUGGACCGCCGACCAGGUGGAGAUCAUGAAGAAAAACGGCAACGCGGCGGUAAACAGGAUAUACAAUCCCCGGAACGUCAAACCCUCCAUCCCCAUCGACGUAGACGAGGUAGACUCCGCCAUGGAACGGUUCCUGCGCAAAAAGUACGAGCUCAAGACGCUGGAGGACGGUAAGCCGAAGCCGCCCAGCAGGCAGGAUCCCAGCUACACCGCGAAACCCGCCCUGGACUUCUCUCCUUCCCCGGCUGCCCUGCCAUCCAAGCCCAGGUCGAGGUUCGGGUUCGGUCUGCGCUCGAUCUCCUCCUCUCACCUCUCCACGGGCUCGUCGGACAAGUCGGCGGCCCCGUCGAUGCGGCGGAGAGAGAGCAUCGAGGCCUCGCAGGUGCAGGCUCAGGCUCAGGCGCUGCCAAACAACAAACAGUCAAGGACGCUGGGAGUCAGUAUUGCAGAUGGCAAUGGCUCGUUGGAGUCGAAGCUGGAGAUACUGCGAGACAUGGGCUUCAUGGACCAGAAGCGGAACACGGCCAUUCUCAAGGGGCUGAACGGGGACGUGGAACGGUCCAUAGAUACGCUGACCAGGCUGGGCGAGAAGUCGUCCAUCAGCGGAUCGAGGUCGCCCACUUCCCCGACCGGUACGCAGAGCGGGUAUAGGACAUCCUCCGGCUCGACGGACAGGUUUACGCCGCCGUCUACCUCCUCGAACCCGUUCGAUAAGCCGCCGGCGAGCAUAGGGACGGGCACGGGUGCCGGGGUAGGGAUAUCGGUCAACAGGUCAGGCACUGCCGGCAAUGCUGCGAAACCGGCAUCCCACAACCCUUUCGACGCCAUGUCCAGUUCAACUGCUUCCUUGGACCAGUCAUUCCAGAACCUCCAGGUCUCCUCCCAGCCUCUCUUUCCAAACAUGACAGGCGGAUAUCCGAGUCAGCAGGGGAACAUGCAGCUGCCCAGACCCCAGCAGUCCAUGACUCCCCCAGUGCCCACGAUGCAGCAGCAGCACCAGAUUCUUCUUCAGCAACAGCAGCAGCAGCAGCAGCAGCAGCAGCAACAACAAUAUGGUGCUGUGUCUCAACCACCGCUGAACGGAAACUACAACCACAACCCAUUCCUAACGCAGUCUACGCCUGUAUCGCCGAAUCCUAUCCCUAAUCAGUCGCUAUCCCCUACCAACCCUUUCUUCACGCAGGUGCAGCAGCAACAGACCGGUCCCCAGCAAGUUAAUCCGCAGUAUUACCUCCAACACCACAAUACCAUGCCGACCCUUCCUUCGGCAUACAUGUACCAACAGCCCCAGCAGCAGCUGCAGCAACCACAGCAACAGCAACAAAACUACACCCAACAGCAUGCCAUGCCCACCUACCAAACGCAGUUCGUCCAGCAGCAACCCCAACAGCCCAACCGAAUAGACAAAUCCAGCAUCCUAGCCCUCUACAACUUCUCCCAACCACCCCCUACCAUCCCCGAACAACCACAGCAGCAGCAGCAACAACAACAACAACCCCAGCCCGAAACAUAUCAACAGACACAACUCCCACACUUACAAACCACCAACUCUACAAACCCAUACCACACCACCACCUCCGCCAGCCCAAUGGUCCUAUCCGCCCCCGCAACAAUGGGAGGAUACUCAAGCCACAACCCAUUCCUCACUUCCACCAACCAGCCCGCCGGCAUGAUGUCCACAGCACCACCGCCAAUGCAGACACAAACACCAGCCUCGAAUAACAUGGGCUUUGCCCGCACCCACAUAAGCCAAGAAAGCAUCGACAUCAGACAGGCACAAACCGGCCGUCAUUCCCCUGACGUUUUCGCAAGUUUAAGCGCAAGAUAUUAA